UCUUCCUUCGUGUGGUGCUCGUCUUGCCAGCCGCCACCGCUCGGCUACCGCCGCACGCCCCGCGGCGUGUCCGCCAUGUUCGCCACCGUGAUGCUCGGCGGACUGGCCUUGGGACUGCUCGCUCCGACCGUGCUCGCGUUCGUCAAAUCGAAAGCGUCUAAAUUCUUCCGCAAACCCAGCGCAACGGUCAGGAGAGAGGAGACGAGCAACCCCGGAGCCGCGGCGAGCGGCGGCGACGCGCCGGCGCCGGCCGGCGAGGAGUACGAGGUGUUCCUGAGCUUCAGGGGGCCUGAUACUCGAACGGGAUUUACUGAUUGCCUCUACCACGACAUGCUCGGCGCUGGAAUCCGUGUCUAACGAGAUGACGAGGAGCUCCACGUCGGCAGGGAGAUCGGCGGCGAGCUCAUGCGGGCGCUCGACGUGUCCAAGAUCUACGUGCCCAUCUUCUCCAAGGAUUACGCGUCGAGCUCUUGGUGCCUCCGCGAGGUCGCCCACAUGGUGGACUGCGUGGCUCGGUUGAAGGGGAAUAAGGAGAUCUUGCCGGUGUUCUUCGAUGCGUCGCCCUCGGAUGUGAAGCUCAGGACUGGGCUGUACAGGAAUGCCAUGGCCAAGCACAGGAAGAAGUUUGGGGUUGAGGAAGUGAAGAGGUGGGAGGAUGCUUUUGUUGAAGUUGCUGAAUUGAAGGGAUGGGACCUCAAAACG